UAGCAACGCCCCUCAGGUCCCCCUAGCAACCGUCCCACCACUGGUCAAAGGUCGCUGGAUAACUUACUACAUACUUGACUACAUACUGUAUUAUGUAUUCUGGCCCCCAGCUGUCACGGUGACUGGCAGCAUACCCCACUCCGGCUUCUCAUGUAAUAAACAUCUUCAGCAAACCCAAAUCACAUUCUAGUUUAAUAAGGCAGAAUGGGGAGGAAAGUGGUGGUAGCAGCCUGCUGCCUAAACCAGUGGGCCAUGGACUUCCAGGGUAACCUGGAGCGCAUCAUUGAUUCCAUUCAGCAAGCAAAGGCAGCUGGAGCUAUGUAUAGGAGCGGUCCUGAACUUGAGAUUCCAGGAUAUAGUUGCGGAGACCACUACUACGAGGGCGAUACAAUACUUCACUCUUGGGAGGUUGUUGCCGAGUUGCUACGUCAUCCUUCAUGUUCAGACAUCAUAAUUGAUGUUGGCCUUCCAGUUAUGCACAAAAAUGUUACCUACAAUUGUAGAUUAGUGUUCCUAAACAGGAAAAUUCUUCUCAUCCGUCCAAAGCUAAUUUUAUGCGAUGAUGGUAACUACCGGGAAACCAGAUGGUUCACUGCCUGGCGCAAGACCCGUCAAGUGGAGGAUCACUAUUUACCAAGAAUGAUAAGCAAACUAACGGGACAAAUCACAGUGCCAUUCGGUGAUGCACUUAUUGCCACCAGAGACACUUGCAUUGGCUAUGAAAUUUGUGAAGAACUUUGGAAUCCAGAAAGUUCUCACAUCCCAAUGUCUCUUGAUGGUGCAGAGAUAAUUGUAAAUAGCUCCGGUUCGUACACCGAGAUACGGAAGGGCUACGUGUCUCGAGAUCUCAUAAAAUCUUCAACUGCCAGAAGUGGAGGAUGCUAUCUUUUUUCUAACCAACGAGGAUGUGAUGGUGACAGAGUGUAUUUCUGUGGAGACGGGAUGAUUGGCCUUAAUGGAACAAUUGUUGCCCGUGCCACCCCAUAUAGCUUGUCAGAAGUGGAAGUGAUAACUGCAACAAUUGAUCUUGAAUCUAUUCGCUGUUAUCGCUCAUUAAUUCGAAGCAGAUGCCUCCAUGCAUCUCAAAGUCAAGCUUAUCCUCGUAUUCAGAUAAAUUUUGCUCUCUCCAAUGAUGAUGACAUAUUCCUACCAUCAUGUGCUCCAAUAGAAUACACUAUCCCACUCCCAGAGGAAGAAAUUCUUUAUGGUCCUGCUUGCUGGUUGUGGGACUUCUUGCGACGGUCAGGUCAAGGAGGCUUUCUUCUUCCGUUAUCUGGUGGUGUUGACUCGUCUGCAACAGCAACUAUUGUGUACUCAAUGUGCCAGCUAGUUGUAAAGGCUGUUGGUAACGGAGAAGAGAAGGUACUGGAAGAUGUUAGACGUAUCGUAUCCCAAGCUGAUUAUGUUCCUCGAGAUAGUCGAGAGCUCUGUGGUAGACUUUUCCACACUGUCUAUAUGGCCACAGAAAAUUCCUCAUCGGAGACAAAGGCUCGUGCAAAGCUUCUCUCUCAACAAAUUGGAAGCUACCACAUACCAGUUACAAUUGACAGUAUGGUAUCAGCUGCACUAGGUAUCUUCAGUGCUGCCACAGGCUUCAUUCCAAAGUUUAGAGUGCGUGGAGGAACUACUAGAGAAAAUGUUGCUCUGCAGAAUGUUCAAGCAAGGCUUCGUAUGGUACUUGCUUACCUCUUUGCUCAGUUGAUGCUCUGGGUUCGGGGAAAACAAGGUGGCCUUCUGGUUCUAGGAUCUGCAAAUGUAGAUGAAGCUCUGCGGGGCUAUAUGACAAAAUAUGACUGCAGUUCUGCAGAUAUUAAUCCUAUUGGAGGCUUUUCCAAAGCUGACCUUAAGAGAUUUCUUCAUUUGGCCAAAAACAGAUUCAAUCUUACUGUGUUGGGGGAUAUUUUGGGUGCCAAACCCACAGCAGAAUUAGAACCACUGAAUGAAGGAGUUCUGGUACAAACAGAUGAAGAAGAUAUGGGAAUGACAUAUGAUGAAUUGUCUAUGUAUGGAAAAUUACGCAAAGUAGAAUGUUGUGGCCCUUUCUCUAUGUUUGGGAAGCUUGUUCAUCUAUGGUCCGAUAAGUGUGCACCAAAAGAGGUUGCAGAUAAGGUCAAGCUUUUCUUCCGCUACUAUAGCAUUAAUCGUCACAAGAUGACUGUGUUGACCCCAGCAUACCAUGCUGAGACUUAUUCCCCUGAUGAUCAUCGCUUUGACCAUCGGCAAUUCCUGUACAAUCAUCGCUGGCUAUGGCAGUUCAGAGCUAUAGAUAAAGCAGUUGAAAAACUCGAAAAUGGGAAAAGUAAUGAAAGCGAAGUUGAGCGAAGUAGCUCUACACGUUCCAACAAGGACAGUCGAUCAUCAUCAUUUACAAGGCCUUCUUCCCGCUCAUCCAACAACUCACUCUCUGGUUCUCUAGGUAGUGAGUCACACCGACGAGGUGUAGAAGUAGCAACUGGGCCUGUCAUUGAAAAAUCACAUAGUGUACACAUCUGCUCUGCUGAGAAUACAAUUGACACCAUUCACAUGAUCACACCACAACACAGUGACCAGACUGUGAAUGAUCAUGACAGUUUAACAUCUCAUCACGGGUCUUCUGGAGAAGAAGAAGGCAGAAAACGUCGUGGAUCAGCAUCCAUCUUCAUUUCAACCUCCGAACACAGUGCACAAAAAGCCAGUCGGUGUGGGGAUCUUGAAUUGGCUUCUUUUCAACAACAUACAACUACCGUAUAUCUGUAAUGACAUUUGCACAAAUUUGCAGCAUAAACAGUUGAAUGAAAAACUGACUACUGUACUGCUUGAUAUCUAGAACUUGGAACUGUUUAAAGUUUUAAAAUAUAUGAGAUUUUAUGAAUAAAAUGCCAAAUUUUCACAUUCUUUUCAGCUGUAAAAAUUAGAACCACAUUUCAAAAUCAUGUAAAAUCUAUUUUGUUAUAGAUGUCAUCUAGUGCUUGAAAGUGAAUGAAAUUUAUUUCCCUGCUCAAAUAAUCAAACAAUAACCAUUAACCUAGUCAGAUCUCAGUAUGAUUUGUGUAUACUAUUUUUCCCCAUUUAGUGCACUACUUUUUCUUCUGAUUGGCAUGAUAAUAGAGGUCUUGUAAGUUCCAUUUCUAUGCUUAAUGUAUGCUUUUUUGGAGGAAAAGAACUAUUUAAUUAAUGAUUUAAAAACUGGUAAACUAACAUUUAUAUAUGUUUGUACAUUAUAUGCAUCCUUAUAUUAACUUUAUGUUCAGGCAGGUUGCAAGUUUGAGUGCUUGGAAGGACGCAGUAAUAAAAUAAGAAUACCAACACAAUAAUUCAGUAUUCAUAUUGAAGCAAUAUUGGAUGAAGCCUUUCAGAGUAAUAGUAACGACUUACAUAACUGUGUGCACAGCUUAGCACAUUAGGAAUGAUAGCGCUCAUGAGAGAGAUGCAGUAAUAUACAUGCAUACAUAAAUACAUACAGUGAGUGUUCACAUCUUUUACAUGUGCACAGCUCAAACUUUGAUAGCUUUAAAUAUUGUAAUGGGUAUAAAAUGCCACACGCCAGUAAAUAAUGGUUACUGUUGUUUUGUAUAGUUUACGUAUUCAGUAGAUAAAUAUGAAUUAUUGUUCCCAGCUAAAAUAAAAUUACUAAUUUGAUAAUUAUUACUGUGCUUGCAUCAUGGUGGAAUAUAGCUCAUUCAGGUAAAAACUAAUUUGUUGCAACGGAGUUUGUGGUGAGAAGUGUUUCUCAGGGUAAUUGCGGCCAUUAAUGUUUGUUAAUUUACAUUUCUCUGGCACUUUUGAUGGUGCUACAUAGCCUUCCCGGCUUGGUGCCUUCUUUCUAUUAUUACUUGCUUAUAUUUCUCUGCUUAAUAGGAAGGGUAGGAUUUAUGUAAUUUAGUUUCUCAUUUGAGAAAGUUGUGACAAAAGUGUUUGUGAGAGAUUUGUGUAGUCUGCAAGUGCGCUCUCAAGAGGAUGGAUGACAAAAUGUAUAGGAAUGGUCUCUUCAAGUUUUAGUUUUUAUGGUACUUAGUUAAAAAUCUAUUAUGUGAAAAGCUUUUAUAGAGGAGAGCUGAAUCAAAUUUAAUUACGUUAUCAAAUAAUGACAGAUUCACAAGUACAGUAAUGCAUUUGGAAACACAUCAGUGUAAAUUACUUGGAAUUAGAAUUACUGAAGAUCUGUGUAUAUUUAGUAUCUUUACUUAAGAAUACCCUAUCUAUGAAAAUUAUGAAGUUGAAGCUUCCACAAUCAGGUAAUGGCUGCAUUGAAUGUUACUCAGUAGGGUCAUGCCUUAUUUCUUUUAACUAUUCCAUUAAGAGAAGUUGUCAUGAUUGACCAUACCUUAAAUCCUGUGGUCCAUUACCUUUAACUUUUCUCAAUAGAAUUCUUGGUGACUCGGAUACUUUUGAUAUCGUUCGCCUUAUGCGUUUUUGUUCUCAUAUUGGCAUCCUUGGUGAUAUUUAGCGCCCUCUGAUUAUUCCGCACAUUUGAUGGUGCUACAUAGCCUUUCCGGUUUGGUGCCUUCUUUUGAUAAUUACUUACUUACCUUUAACUUUUGUUACAAACAUUUUCAUUGUUUUCUCUGUUAUAUUUUUAUUGCUUAUUAAAUCAUGUCUUACAAUUUAAAUAGUUUUAGGAGCCUGUUGAAUAUUAAUUGUUAUUUUUUUAAUACUUAUAACAUUGAAAUACCCAGUAUUUUGUGUUUGAUCUGGUGCAUCUGCUGAUUAUGUUAAUAUAUUGUCUUCACUGAUGUAUUGCCUGGGAUGUAUCCUCCUUGUAGAUAUGGUUGUAAAAGAUGGUAGCAAAAAUAAAAAUAUAAAAUUAAAGGCAGCCAGAUAGAAAAAAAAGAAAGGUCAUACUGGGGUAAGUACUUUUGAUGCAAAUGUACCAUGAUAAAAUGAUAAAACAUGGAAAAUGAUUAAUGGCUUAAAUGUAUAUGUAUGAUAUUUGAAUAAACUUGAAAUCAGGCUACUAUUUGAAAAAAAAAAAAACGAUUACUAAUUCUAAGCAAAUACAUACAACCUGUAUAACGAUAAUAUUAAAGUAGAGACUCGACUCACUAAAUUGCAAAAAGUUUGAAAGGCAUUGCUUAGUGCCGACACUAUCUUACAAGCACAUCAAGGCGAGUGCAAUUUUUUUAAUUCUAUUUUGUAAACUUAAUUUAUUCCAUCCAUCUAAAACUAAAUAAGCGUUUAGUGUAUGCCAAAAAUCAUUGAGUUCUUCAAAACUUCAUAUGACAAAGAUUAUAGGGAGGAUAGGACACAACUAGCAGUAGUCUCUGACAGCCGAGUGGAUAGUCCUUGUGAUUCUUAGUCCUGAAGUUCUGGGCUCGAUCCCCGGUGGAGGUGGAAACAAAUGGGCAGACUUUCUUUCACCCUGAUGUGCCUGUUCACCUAGCAGUAAAUAGGUACCUGGUAGACAGCUGCUACGGGCUGCUUCCUGGGGUGGGGGUGUAACAAAAAGGAGGCUUGGUCGAGGACCGGGCCGUGGGGAUGCUAAGCCUCGAAAUCAUCUCGAGAUAACCUCAUCCUGUAACUGAAUGUAGAUGAUUAGGUACACCCGCAUUUGCAUUCUCACUGUAACAUCAAAUAGAAUGUUAAAAAUGUUGAGCUUCAUAAAGUUUGAUGUCGUCUUGAGAGAUUAAAACACCAGGGUCAUACAAUUGUAACUUGAUCACUGUAACAUAAUAUAUAUUGUUGACUCUUGUUGUGUGUAUUAAUACCCUGGAGAGGACACUAGUAGACAACCCAAGCGCAACUCCAUAGUCUUACGAGACUGCUGGAUGCCUACUAAUACCCUGUGCAUAUGUAGACCAAUAUUCACUACAACUUCACUUAAGUUAGUAACUGUGCUGAACUCAUACCAUUAAGUUAUAAAAGAUCUGUAAGUUGGUGUACAUAAGUAAGACUUACACUAUCCUGUGGAAUUAACUGGUUAUCAGUGUAGUUUUCCUGUCUUUUAUAAAGAAUAUAUAUUCCAGAGUAGCCAAGACUGAAUAUUCAAGUAAUCAUUCAGUUAACUACAGUAUAGAUGCUUGGGAGUUACCACACAUCUUCAACCUCAAGAAUGUAGUACUCGGUGUGUAUAGUUCCAACUGACCCCAAGACGGUAUAGCUUCGACACAGAGCAAACAGCAGACUACGUCUGCAUCGAGCUACUACGCUCUCCUUCCUCGUCGAGUUUAGACACUCGCCAUUCCGCAACGAGCCGCCACGCUCUCCGGCAUAGAGCUCCACAACUCUGGCCUCACUCGGCUCUUUGCUCUGCUCCAAGCUGUCUCAACGUCUAUGUUAGUACCAACAACCGACUGCUGUAACCAAGACUAAAUAAAUAUGAAACCUACUAAA